GGAGAAUUUUCAAGUUCGACUUUAAGAUCGGCUUUCGAGGACCGGAUUUCAAGUAUUCCAUGCCGUCCAGCAGAAUUACUUGUACCACCCUUUCUACGUACUACGUACGUACAACAGGCAUAGCGCUAGGAGCGAGGCGUAACCAACAUCUUGUGGUUAUCAUUAUCCGACCCUACCACCGCUUUACGGUGUUAAUAGUUCCCACCAGACGAAAGGACUGGAGUGUUUUUGAAGUUUCCCAUCGGCCUGUCGGCAGGCACCCACCCUCUCUGCCGCAGGGUGGUGAUGGUGGUGGGGGGGCCUGGCGACAGGACAAGGACUGGAGCCGCCGAUACCUUUCCAUCCAUCACCAGGCAUUUCCUCUCAAAACAUACAGGAAAAGACUUGCAAAAAGGACUCGUACUAUAUACGUGUAUUUAUCUGUCCAUCUUGGCACCUUGCAUAUAGCCUCGACGAUGCUGUUCCGGCCUGCAGGGUCAGGCGCUCCUUUGGCCUGGUGCGGGGUGCCUUCCAGUCACUGGCACUGGCAGUGACAUCAGCGGGGCCCUCCACCCCUCCCACCCCGGGCCACCGUCAUCCCUCAUCGAAUUCCUGAAUCGCAUCAGUGCCAAGAUGCGGAUUCGACAACAAUUAGGUUUUCAGGCAUACCCGCGGGCAGGCAUUCGCGCGUUUGAGAGACCAAGUUGUAUACAUAUGCUCCAUGUCGCUGUCCGCAACAUUCCCCUUGUCUCUCAACUCAACUGGCGAUAAUACGCGUCUGCGAGCUCAUGAGCGUCACGGUCGAUGAGAUACGCCCGUUACGACACCUCUCAAUGGCUCUCGAGUCGC